AUGCUCCGUCUCUCAAAAUUCGCCCAGAUGGCGGCCAACGCAAAGAAUGCCCUCACGUCUCGAGAUGCCGCCUCUACCCAGCAAAAUCUCGAAACCAUCAACACUCAAGUCGAGAAACUCGCCGCAACGCUCAAAGCCUACGCCGGUGGUCUGCUCGCCGCCUCCGGCAUCUCCAGUGACCAGGCCAAGCUCAGCAUCGACAUGCGCCACACCAUCGCCGACGCUAACGCCGCUCAAGUCGUGACGGAGGAUGAGGCCAAAGAGAUCAUUCAGUAUCUGAACGAUACGAUCGAGCCUAGCAUCAGGUCGACGAUGACGGCGUUGCAGGAGAAGAAGGCAGAGCUGGAGAAGGCGGGGUUGAAGGGGACUGUCAGUGGUGAUAUGGCGGAUUUGAGGAAGUUGACGAGGGAGCUUGGGGAGGUACUUUUGUCGAAGUCGCCGGAGGGGACUAGGAAGAGUGGUGAGGAGGUUAUGGCGAAGGUUGACGCGGACUUUGAGGAGGCUUUGAAGGCGUUUGCUUGA